AUGAGUACCCAACUUUUCAAUCUCCUUGUACUUUUACUCUCAUGUUUUCUAAUCCUCGUACCAGUAUCCGCAAAAGUUUUUCUGAGCAUCGAUUGUGGUUCUUCUUUAUUAAAACCUCAUACGGAUGCAAAUUCUAUUGUAUGGGUCGGGGACGAUCCUUACGUACGAACUGGAGAAACACAUAAAGUCAAUGUUGCACCGCCGAGUAAUCUAAGUACUACUUGGGAUUCUUCUGUUAUGAGCACUCUUAGAGCAUUCCCAACUCGGAGAAGGAACUGUUAUUCGAUAGAUAUCCAAGAUACCACUACUAUGGCUGAACGAGUCCUUGUUCGAGCCACUUUCUAUUACGGUAACUAUGACAAGAAGGAAAACCCGCCUAACUUCCUUCUUCAAUUCAAUGGAAACAAUUGGGCACGGAUCGAAACGUCGAUGACUGGUAUUCAGUACAAAGAAGUGGCAUACUCAUUGAACAAUGGAAACAAUAUAAAUGUAUGUCUUGCUCAAACUCUAUCCGGUAAUAUUCCGUUUAUAUCAGCUCUCGAAAUAAGAAGUUUAGAUUCAAAGGCUUACAGUUAUGUUGAUUCGAGCUAUCCAUUGUUUUUCAUAACAAGAAUUGGUUUUACCAAGACAGAUAUAAGAUUCCCUGAAGACAGUUUCGAUCGGAUUUGGCUCACAUCUGCACCAGGACUUAACAGUACAAGUGGUUUGAUAACGGUUACAAGUAAUUCGCCAUCCAUUAUUGUCGACACUGACGAUAAACCUCCUGAGGCUGUAUUCAGGGCAGCAGUAACUCCUGAUCCAUCUAGAACUUAUAUUCGUUAUAAUGGUUAUUCAGAUCCUUUACAUCCAAUUCAUUUCAAUGUAUAUUUUUCAGAAGUGAUUCAAUUAAGUUCUACUCAGAAACGAUCAAUUGAUAUAAGUGUUGAUAAUAACCUGAUCAAUAGUAUUAUUCCACCAUACGGGCAAGUAUUGGAGGUCCGCAUUCUUAAUGUUACUUCUGCAUAUACGAUUGAUUUUAAACCGACAGAUGAUUCAACUCUUCCUCCACUAUUCAAUGCCCUUGAAGGGUUUACUGUCGGUGACGCAUUAGUUCAAGGAACCAAUCCAAAUGAUGUAAAAGCAUUGGUUUUAUUGCAAAAGACUUACGUUCAACUUCAAUAUUGGAGUGGUGAUCCUUGUUUACCUUCACUGCUAUACAAUUGGGAAUGGAUUGAAUGUAAUUAUGAUACUGAGUCUCCUCGGGUUAUUGCACUGUAUCUCAGUGGCUAUGAAUUAACAGGCAUUUUACCGGAUUUUAGUGCAAUGGAUGCUCUUGAAACCAUAAACUUAAGCAAUAACAGUUUGAAGCAAGCAAUUCCUGAGUUUCUUGGCACAUUCCCUAAACUAAAAAUACUAAGUUUGACGGAUAACGAUUUUUCAGGAGCAAUACCUUCUUCGUUAUCAAACAAUAUCGACUUGAAGUUGUAUGUAUACGGUAAUCCAAAUUUGUGCACAAGCCUAACAAAAACAGCAUGCAAGAAUGGCACUGGUAAUACCGAUCCUGAAUCAAGAUUUCCUCCCCUUGGCACCGGAACUACCGACCCUGACUCAAGAUUUCCUCCCCUAAGCACCGGAAAUACUGGCACUAGAUCAAGAACAAGCAAAGGAAAAACAUCGUCAGAACCAAUAAUCAUUUUCUUGAUUAUGUGUUUUGGAUUAUUGUUCUCAACAAUUUGAUUACGAUCAAAGUGGCGCAGCAGCGGCAAGUGCAUCGACGGAUGGGUAUCGAUCGGCCGAUACAUAAUUCCCGAAUAAGUUGGUGAAUGGCCUCUUUCAUGGUGUGUUGUGUUGUUAUGAAGU